AUGCAACUCCCAUACGGACGUCCUAGAUUAUUAGAGAUAUCAGAUCAAUCAUGGUGUCCAACUUUUAUCCGUCAACCAGUUCAAGAUUUUCUCACUUUCCUAUGGGAACAUCGACUCCCUCUGACUCAACCCCGAUCGCCACAUUUGGGAGUGGUCGAUGUGCUGGAAAGGGUGGUCAACGAGCUAGAGGGGAAAUUGAGAAUCGUUGAUUGUUGUUCGGGUGCGGGAGGACCUAUGCCUAUAGUGGAGAGAAAAAUAUCAACCAACAAACCUCCAAUCCAAGUGGUCAUGUCCGAUCUUUAUCCUCAUGUAGGAGCAUGGAAAAAACAUAUAAUAUCUCCUACGAGUCCAUUAUCGUAUUUAUCUUAUCCUGUGGACGCUACUCGAUUUCCGGAAGAAGGAACGGAACAAAGACAUUUAAGAACUUUUUGUCUUUCUUUCCAUCAUUUCAACCAAACUCAAGCUAGGGCUAUAUUGGCGGAUGCGAUGAGGAGUUCAGAUGGGAUUUGUAUCUUCGAAUUACAAGGACCUGAGAUAGGAAGUUUUAUAAUGAACACUAUGAUCUUCCCUUUAUCUUACAUACUCAUACCUUUUAUCCGACCUUCUCUGAGUGAAUCAACCUGGGCACAUGUUGACAUUCCAGCAACAAUAUUCUUCACAUAUAUAAUCCCAAUCAUACCAUUCAUCUUAACUUUUGACGGUUUAAUAUCAUGUUACAGAACAUACACACCUGAACAUAUAACUCAUCUCGCUUGUCUAGCUUCGGUCGAUAUAGCACAUGAGAUGGCAGUGGAAGAUACGGAUGCACCUGAUGAAUGGGUAUGGUCAAGUGGAAAGUUUAGACAUACUUGGCCUUUUGGGUAUGGUACUUGGGUCAUUGGACGUCGACCUGGAGGACAAGAGUUGGAGUAG